AUGAGAACUCCUGUGACAGUUCUCGGGCCACUGAAGCAGUACUUCCGGAAGGUGAGACAGGCGACCAAUCAGAUUGUGAUGAAUUGUGCUGAUAUUGAUAUUAUUACAGCUUCAUAUGCACCAGAGGGAGAUGAAGAAAUCCAUGCUACAGGAUUUAACUACCAGAAUGAGGAUGAAAAAGUCACCCUGUCCUUUCCUAGUACUCUCCAAACAGGUACAGGAACCUUAAAGAUAGAUUUUGUUGGAGAGCUGAAUGACAAAAUGAAAGGUUUCUAUCGGAGUAAAUAUACCACCCCUUCUGGAGAGGUGCGCUACGCUGCUGUCACGCAGUUUGAGGCUACUGAUGCCCGGAGGGCUUUUCCUUGCUGGGAUGAGCCUGCCAUCAAAGCAACUUUUGAUGUUUCGUUGGUCGUUCCUAAAGACAGAGUAGCUUUAUCAAACAUGAAUGUAAUUGACCGGAAACCAUACCCAGAUGAUGAAAAUUUAGUGGAAGUGAAGUUUGCUCGAACACCUGUCAUGUCUACAUAUCUGGUGGCAUUUGUUGUGGGUGAAUAUGACUUUGUAGAAACAAGGUCAAAAGAUGGUGUGUGUGUCCGUGUUUACACCCCUGUUGGCAAAGCAGAGCAAGGAAAAUUUGCGUUAGAGGUUGCUGCUAAAACCCUGCCUUUUUAUAAGGACUACUUCAAUGUUCCUUAUCCUCUACCCAAAAUUGAUCUCAUUGCUAUUGCAGACUUUGCAGCUGGAGCCAUGGAGAACUGGGGCCUUGUGACUUACAGGGAGACUGCAUUGCUUAUUGAUCAAAAAAACUCCUGUUCUUCAUCACGCCAGUGGGUUGCUCUGGUUGUGGGACAUGAACUCGCCCAUCAAUGGUUUGGAAAUCUUGUUACUAUGGAAUGGUGGACUCAUCUUUGGUUAAAUGAAGGCUUCGCUUCCUGGAUUGAAUAUCUGUGUGUAGACCACUGCUUCCCAGAGUAUGAUAUCUGGACUCAGUUUGUUUCUGCCGAUUACACCCGAGCCCAGGAACUUGAUGGCUUAGAUAAUAGCCAUCCCAUUGAAGUCAGUGUGGGCCAUCCUUCAGAGGUUGAUGAGAUAUUCGAUGCAAUAUCCUAUAGCAAAGGGGCAUCUGUCAUCCGAAUGCUGCAUGACUACAUUGGAGAUAUGGACUUUAAGAAAGGAAUGAACAUGUAUUUAACAAAGUUCCAGCAGAAGAAUGCAGCCACAGAGGAUCUCUGGGAAAGUUUAGAAAAUGCUAGUGGUAAACCCAUCGCUGCUGUGAUGAAUACCUGGACCAAACAAAUGGGAUUUCCCCUCAUUUAUGUGGAAUCAGAACAGGUAGAAGAUGACAGAGUACUGAAGUUGUCCCAAAGGAAGUUUUGUGCCAGUGGACCUUAUGUCGGUGAAGACUGUCCCCAGUGGAUGGUCCCUAUCACAGUCUCCACCAGUGAAGACCCCAGCCAUGCCAAAGCAAAAAUUCUUAUGGACAAACCAGAAAUGAGUGUGCUUUUGAAAAAUGUCAACCCAGACCAGUGGGUGAAGUUAAACUUGGGAACAGUUGGAUUUUAUCGGACCCAGUACAGCUCAGCCAUGCUGGAAAGUUUAUUACCAGGCAUUCGGGACCUUUCUCUACCCCCAGUGGACCGACUGGGGCUGCAGAAUGACCUCUUCUCCUUGGCUCGAGCUGGAAUGAUUAGCACAGUAGAGGUUCUAAAAGUCAUGGAGGCUUUUGUGAAUGAGCCCAAUUAUACUGUAUGGAGCGACCUGAGCUGUAACCUGGGGAUUCUCUCAACUCUCUUGUCCCACACAGACUUCUAUGAGGAAAUCCAGGAGUUUGUGAAAGAUGUCUUUUCACCAAUAGGGGAGAGACUUGGCUGGGACCCCAAACCUGGAGAAGGUCAUCUAGAUGCACUCCUGAGGGGCUUGGUUCUGGGCAAACUAGGAAAAGCAGGCCAUAAGGCAACACUCGAAGAAGCCCGCCGUCGGUUUAAAGACCACGUGGAAGGGAAACAGAUUCUGUCUGCUGAUCUGAGGAGUCCUGUUUACCUGACUGUUUUGAAGCAUGGUGAUAGUACUACCUUAGACAUUAUGCUAAAGCUCCACAAACAAGCUGAUAUGCAAGAAGAGAAAAACCGAAUUGAAAGAGUCCUUGGGGCCACUCUCUCACCUGAACUGAUUCAGAAAGUCCUCACUUUUGCACUUUCGGAAGAGGUACGUCCGCAGGACACUGUCUCAGUCAUUGGUGGGGUCGCUGGAGGCAGCAAGCAUGGUAGGAAAGCUGCCUGGAAGUUCAUAAAGGACAACUGGGAAGAGCUUUACAAUCGAUACCAGGGAGGAUUCUUAAUAUCCAGACUAAUAAAGCUAUCAGUUGAAGGGUUUGCAAUUGACAAAAUGGCCGGAGAGGUGAAGGUGUUCUUCGAGAGUCACCCAGCGCCAUCGGCUGAGCGGACCAUCCAGCAGUGCUGUGAGAACAUCCUGCUGAAUGCCGCCUGGCUCAAGCGAGAUGCUGAGAGCAUCCACCAGUACCUCCUUCAGCGGAAGGCCUCGCCCCCUGCAGUGUGAGCCCUGAGCCCUGCUGCUGUGGUUCUGCUGCUCUGCUACAGGGAGGAGAAGGUGGGGCCACCCAACAGCUGAUUCAUAUGCCAAGAAUUUGGAGUCUUCUUUCAAACCAGUGGGGGUUGGACAAUGAAUGUAGUUAACUGGUUCCUGCUCACACUCCAGAAUUAAAUUCUAUUGAAAAAAAGGAAAAUCAGCAAUUCAGCAAAAAAGUAAAAUAAAAAUGUAAAUAUGAUAGUAAUAAAAUAGAGCAUAACAAAACUGUGAAACUUCCUGAAGCCUUGUCAGUGGUUAAAAGUAUUUAACACUCUCCUGUAAAUGACAGAUGUUCUGUUUUUAUAACCUACCAAAAGGAAACUAGAGGCUUCUGGGUCAAGAGGAUUUUGUGAACUGGGGCCUGCAAGCAGCCUCCAAGCCAAGGGUGGGCCAAUCGCUGGGAACUUUCACCACGACAGGCUGGUCGUUGGUGUCUGCAUAAUUCCAAGUGGGAUUUUUAUUGUUGGUUUUAGUUCUGUUUUCUUUUACGGCAUGGGGAUGGUGCAGGAAGGGAUCUUUUUCUGCAUAACUCAGUCGGAACCAAGGAUUGGAGUUUUCUUCCUUGCCUUCCCUCCUAUGUAAUCCCCUUGGCCAAAAAAAACACAACAACUAUCCUGUUCUGGGUUUUUUCCUCCCCUUAGUUCCAGACCCCGCCCCACCCCUCCCUGUGUCCUCCUUAGAGAUAAAGAAAUAAUAAGGAAACAUCCUCUGUAGCCACAUUAAAUAAGAGAGACUGAUUGACAUUAUUUUUCUCGCUUUUUAAAGAUGACUUUUAAGGACCCUGGGACGCAUGUAGAUGAGACGGUAGGAAAGGGUUUUUAGACAGGCUUUCCUGGAGGAGUGCUUCACUGAAAACUGCUUGAUUGUUGGAGGCCACCUAUUGAACCUCUUCCUAAGCUGUGUGGGCACUAGCCUCUCCUGGCCGGUGGCAUGCCCAGGAGACGGCCUUCCUGAUACUGGGACUGGUGAGAAAGACGAGGACCGGCAGGCUGUGCACCGUGCUCUGCUUCAGCAGUGUGCCCUCCUAACAAGCCCCGCCCACCCAAGCCGUCGAGUUUGAGUUUUAAAUCUCUUUCCCUACCUUCCCUCACUCCACCCUUUUUUCUUUUGUGUUAUUAACAGGAUUUCAUAUUUGGUGUGGCUUAACUGUAUUUCAGAAGGUCAUCAGAUUGUGAGAUUGCUUCCUUGAAACAUUUUUGUGCUAUUGUUUUAAAAAAAUAAUAAUAAUUAAAAACCAGUUGGCGUUAAUAAAAAUGUCAAUGUGAAA